UCUAGCCACUGGGGACCUGUCUCUUAGGAAACCCAGCAAGCAAUCCUCUUUCUUUGGGAUGACAAUGCAGAAGGCACACACAGCCCUGCACGGCAGUACCAAGACUCAGUGCUUAAAUUGCACGUCUUUUGGACUCUCAUAGUUCCUGCAUCCUUACAAGGAACAAGAGAGCGAUGGGUUAUGACAUAGAGCGUUUUUUGGGAUAUGUGAACGAGGGUCUCCUGUGCUGCAUAUGCCGUGACGUCUUAGAAGAUCCGUUGCAAGCGCCCUGUGAACACGCUUUCUGUGCAUCAUGUAUACACGGCUGGCUAGUUCACCAUAACAACUGUCCUGAAGACCGACAACCGCUAGCUGUUAUGGAUUUGAGACCUCUGCACAGGUACAUGCGCAAUGACUUGAACCGGCUUCAGAUACAAUGUAGAAAUGUCAGUUGUGGCUGUGCAAUGGUUUGCUCUUUGGAAUCGUUAGACAGACACGAGAGAGACUGUGAACACAGACGCAUGUCCUGCAUAAAUGCUGGUUGCCCAGCUCAGUUUGAGAGAAGAAAUCUGGAUGGCCACCUGGCGGUAUGUGAGCAUCGGAGCCGCGAAUGCCCUAAUGGCUGUGGCUUUGCCAUUAUUAGUGCUGAAGACCUACAACAUAACUGCAUAGCAGAACUUAGAACUGAGCUAGAACUUUUACGGUCGGAGAUGAUCUGUAGAGGUGAAGAAACAAAACAGGAAAUGGAGUCCAGGCUUGAUUCACAAAGGAGACAUAUGGUUCAGAAAGAGAGCAUUUUACAAAGUGAGAUUGAGGAGCUCAAGAGCCAGAUGUCACGGUUAAUGGCCGAUGUUCGCGCGCUUCUGGCAUCUGAGAGGCAACAUCGACAGGACAUUGAGCAGGCAGAUCUGGAGAAGAAAGAGUUAAUGGAGCUUCUAAAAGGACUACAAAAAGAGUGCAGGCUAAAAACUAGCGAUGGAAUCCAGAAACCUGCCAUUGUUCGCCCUCUUAUGCGUCUGGAGAGCAUCAAGAGGAAGCCCAAAGAAGUUACAAUUAUUUAGCCUAGAAUUAUAAGCAGGAUAGUCUGUUAGCAUAAUGACUUUUUAUUGGUUUUGCAAUGCAUUUGAACAUUUA